GUAUGCUGAUGUAAUGUACAUGUACACAUUAUGCAUAUGUGCGUACAUCGAUAGAGCGUCGCGAUUGCUUGCUCUGUCCUUACCUUACCUGGGGUGUUCCCCUCGAAUUGUCGAAAAUGAUUGCAAUUCAUUCCCCGAAAAUUUGUCAUUUAUGGAACUUAUCUUGCCGGUCAUUCGCCUGUUCUGACCGACGAGACUGGCUCAAACUACGAUCCCUCCGAGAACUGGGUUGGUGAAAGUAGAAUUGUCUCACGGGUGAGUUUGUGUGGCACGAUUGUGUUAUGUGUCGACUGCGAUACGUCAUGGAGCACUCGACCAGGGCGAGCGUCCAUGGGGCCGCCGAGAACGUUCAGCUGGCAAAGGCUGUGCUCUCCCGAAAGCAGCUGUUGGAAUUCCCCGAAGACGAGUUCAGCGGCCAGGAACAGAAAGUGAACAUCAUCGAUCUCAGUCGGAAUUCCCUCUCCUGUCUACCAAAGUCCAUCAGCUUGUACACCAAUAUGAUCGAACUGGACAUCAGCAACAACAGGAUAUCGCGAAUUCCUGACGAAAUAGUUGCACUUAAGAGUCUGCGCUCAUUGAUCUGUAAAAACAACCGUUUGGACACUGGUUCAAUACCGAAGGACUUUGGGAAAUGUGUCUCCUUAGAAGUGGUGAAUUUCAGUGGCAACACCAUGUUAGAUUUUCCAAUGCAACUCACAGAAAUUGGAACACUGAAGUCCGUUUACCUUGGUGGAAACAGAAUUCGCCAAUUACCACCAGAAAUACAAAAUUUGCAGAGAUUAGAAAUCCUGUACCUUGGUGGCAACCAGCUAACGAGCAUCCCCGUGGAGGUCAGCUCUUUGCCGCGCCUCAUGUGCCUGGUGCUCAGCGACAACCGCAUUGAGGCGGUGCCCUCAGAGCUGGCCCAGCUGCGCAGCCUGAAGUCGCUCAGCCUCCACAACAACCGUAUCACCACCUUGCCGCCCCAGAUCGUCUCGCUGGGCGACCUGUGCGAGCUGAGCCUGCGUGGCAACCCGCUGGUGGUGCGCUUCGUCCGGGACCUGACCUGGCAGCCGCCGUCCUUGCUGGAGCUGGCAGGCCGGUCCAUCAAGAACCGGGGCAUCCCGUACACCACCGAGGGCCUACCCCACAGUCUCAUCCACUACCUGGAUUCAGCUCAGCAUUGCCUAAAUCCUAAGUGCUCAGGGGUGUACUUCACGUCCCGAGUGGAACACAUCAAGUUUGUGGACUUCUGCGGCAAGUACCGCCUGCCGCUGAUGCAGUACCUGUGCUCGCCCAGCUGCACCAGCAGCAGUGGCAGCAGCAACUACAGCAGCAGCAGUUACACCAGCAGCAGCGACACCGAGUCGGAAGACGAGGGUGCCGUCCCCAGCAACAAGCUGAAGAAGGUGCUGUUAGGAUGAGCGAGAAAGGAACAAAUCAUGCCACCGAAAUCGUGUUGAGGACAGAGAUUUUUUGUACAAGUGCCUGUAUGUCAAGUUCCCUUUGCCCGCAAUCCACAGUUGCUUGAAAUGUGUCCCCUCACUGUUUUGGUACCAGACUCUCCUUUGAAACAAAUUUAAACAGCUCUAUGCUGGACAGUCAUUGGCAGUUUUCAUGGCUGCUUUGAAGAGACCACCUCUGGGAGUACACCAUCAUGUCUGAUGUGAAAGCUACAGUAAGCCCAAAAUUAUUCAUCCUUUGAAAAAUGUGGCUGUUUGCUAUUUUGUUAAAAUUUUUGCACUGGACUGAUGGACAACCCAGGAACACAGAGACUAGAAAUUCCCUUUGCAAAAGCUCAACUGGGCAAAGAUCUAAACCUUUGGUUGUCAAUUUUAUGGUAUGUUGGCUGUAAAUUCUAUGUGACCCGAAUUAAGAAUGGGUAGAUGUGAUUGAAAAGCAGAUAACCAAUGCAUUGUGGCUUACAGUGACCCUUUCCUCACCCAUAACCUGUUCCUGGUAGAAAAUUUUGGCAGUCUGUAUUCAGUAAGAUGCCACAAUGCCCUGCUUUCCCAUGUGAAGUGUGGAAAGACUGACACUGUAGAUAAAGCAAUUUGGAUAAGGCAAUCCAUAUGACGAUGGAGGGUUUCAUUUAUGGAACUGCGCUGACCACAGAGUUAACAGCUGCAGGGCCACCUUUCAAGCCAGGGUUGUCUCAUUCACAGACAAUUUGGGCAGAGUCUGGAGUAACUUUCACACCUGUGUUUGGCCAGUCAAAAUGCUUACGCUUUCAUUGUGAAAUUACAGGUUUGGUUUUGUUGUAAACCAGCGCUAGUCAAAAAUUGUCACUCCCCGACUGAAAGUGUGUGUGUGAACAAUUUUUCGCACAAAUUCAAAAGUUAAGUCUUCAACGGGCAAAGGUUCUUGAAUGAGAAUGAGCAAGAAAGUUUAGAUGUGGGUAAUUCAGUAAUUUGGGGUCCAUUUUUUGUGUGUCCCCGUUACAUAUAACAUGAUUUUGUAAGUUCAGAACACAUUUUCUAAUUUCCUCGUGUGAUGAAUUAUUAAUGCAGAAUAACUGUCAUACGAAGAGUAAUAGUUUGAAAUCUAUUCCGGUGAUAUUUCCAUGUCGAAUAAUAAAGGUUAGAUGUAACAGGAGCACCUAAAAGUCACACUUCUGGACCCCUAAUUUCUGGAAUUACUCAUGUACGUGUACAUUGCAACGCAAGCAUUGUCCAGUUGUAUAAUAUGUACAUGUACAUGUAACUCUCGAAACAUUCACACCAAAGUUCACUAAAUCUACCUCUGCUGUGAGCUGAUCUCAGGAGACCAGGCUUCAGUAUCAGGGAAAAAAUUGAGACUUGAAGGGUUGAAGGAAAGCAGUGCGUGGGUUCAAGGUUGUGGCCUCAAUGAGUAAUGACUCGGCGUCAGGAUGACGCCCCUCACGGACAUCUGUCAGGAGACUGACUCAGAAAGGUCACAAAGACUGCAGCAUUGUCAAUACACGCAGCUGCUUCAUACAAGGUGAUUCAGCAAAACUAGAUGCAUUGCAGGCUUUCAAUCCUGGAACGUCAAAGUGAAUAUAAGUACUUACAAUGUGCUUGCAUGAAUGUCGUACAUCACACACCUGCUGCAAUUGCUGUGCAUGUGUAACAUGUUAAAUAUAUGCUUUUGUUCACACACAAGUGUGUGUUUGCCUGCAACCUGGGACCCUCUUUUGUUUGUACUCUAACUUUUUUUAGAAGACCACCCAUAUGUUUUGUACACAGUUGUCAAUCGUUGACCCUCUGUCAAUCGGGGACCUUAUUGUCCUCUAUUGGUCAGGGUCCCCAAUUGAAUGCAGAAACAAACUCGCGUCUAUAGGAUUAGGAAUACAAACAACACUCAAUAUAAACUUAGCAGGAACCAGUCACGAUACUUGAUGCAGAGAUGCCAACCAGUACGAUUUUAUCGUAUUUAGUACGAUAAAAAAAAAAGGAAAAUACGAUAAAACGAUAUGGCCUCUUGAAAAUACGACAUGUCAUCUUUCAAAAAAAAAUUUCCAAAACCACGAUAUAAACAGUGGGAUUGCAUGGAAAUAUCCCUGCAUCCUCGACAACAACGUGGAACAACGAGCCUACACUCAGACAGUGGAGGCGCGGAAUCGGCAGUAAUGCGAUAUCGAAGCGUGUGUGUUCAUCAGCUAGCUGUGGAAGUAUACAGCACUGUACAUACAUGUACAAUUAUGGCUACCGCAAGCUAUCACGAUUGACAAGUGGUAGUAUCAAGUUUUUUUGAAAAUCUGAGUUUUCUCUCCAAAAUCUGAUUUUUUAGGAUAUUCAGUCUGUUUUCUGGUGUCAAGAGGUUGGCAUCUCUGUUGAUGUACAUGAAAUUUGUAUUAAAAGUGUAGCCGCAGUGAAUUAUUCUCAGAUGAUAUUGCUGCAUCUUUGUUCUCUUCUUUGGUGAUGACAACUCUUUUACACUCCCAUUUGGUUAAAUGCGCUGAAUUAUGUACUUUUUCUGAACACGUAAAUGUAAAGUUGGUCAUGCUUUCCUGUUGCUAUGAUGUCACCCAGGGAAGAUAUAGGUCAUUGCAUACAUGUACAUGUAGGUUUUUCCAUUAAAAUUGUGAAUCCAGAAUUUAUCCAUUAAAAACCUUUCUGAGAAAAGUAUUGGUGUUCACUUACUGCUGUGCAUAUUCAGUACACACUGAAUCAGCAAAGAAGUGAAAAUUUUGUCCAGCAACAUCUACAAAAAUGCAUGGCUUUUUUAUGUACAAAGUUUGUACCACAAACCAAUGUAACGUUUAGGCUUUUUUCCUUGGAUGACAUCACAAGUUUGUCAUGAAUAUGGAAAUACA